AUGCGAGAGACCGUCAGGGCUCUCAACACCACCUUCGCUGCGCCCAACGUUCCCUCCCCCCUACCCGACGACCUGUGCGCCACCAUCGAGAACUUCCUCGAGCGCUAUGACAGCAUCGACGACCACGACUCCCAGCGCUUCCACGAGGACCUCCACACCCUGUACCAACGUCAAGUUGCGCCGAGUCCAGAGAAGCACGGCACCUUCCUGGCCGUCCUGCGCUGUGUGCGACCCGCCAUCAUUGGCGAAGCGCGGCUGACUACGUGGUGGAGCCUGGUACUGAAGCCCACCAUAGAUGCGCCAGGCCACAAGCGACAGGAACUCGAAGAUGCGAGGGAAUUCGUACUGAGCAUCCUGGUGUACGAUACGGAGUCAGACAAGGACGGAGAGCAUGCGCGACUGUCGAAGCUCUUCACCAAAAGGAUAUUGGAUGCCUAUCUUGCGAGGACCAACGUGCCCCUUGUGACCCAGGACGCCAUCUCACCAGGGAACGAGCUACUCGCGCAAGAGCUAGAGUCAGUUCUGGUAGCCUUCGGGCGCAAGAUGCCAAAGGUGCCUUCACUCAACACACAAACAACACUAAACCUGCUCAGCGCCUUCGUGCGUCUGCAGCCUCCUCAUCUGCAUCUCGUCCUUGAGACCCCCCUUAUCCAGCACCUGGAAAAAUGCCUCCUGAUCGACGCAUCCUCCACUGUCAUCGAGCUCGCUCUCGUAGUCCUCAUCAUGUUUUUGCCGCACAUCUGUGCAUCUUUACUUUCGGAUCACCACCUUCCUAAGAUGUUCUUGAUAUAUUCUAGGGUUUUGUGCUGGGAUAGGCUGGGUAGCGCCGAAGAGCCGAGGCCAGACGAUCCCAACGACGAGGACGACGAUAGCCAAGAAGAGAGCGAGAAUGACGAAGGAGAGUCUGAACAAGCAUGGGAGCCAGUACUGCAAUCCAUGGAGUAUCCUGAUUCGUCUCCGCCGACACUCAUGCAUUAUUUCACCUUCCUGUAUGGCCUGUUCCCGUUGAACUUCAUGAGCUUUGUGAGGAAACCAAGAAAGUUCCUCAAAUCGCUAAACUUUCCGGGUGCUCGCGACUUUGACCUCGAUCAAGAUCUGAUUCAGAGUCGCACAGAACCGUACCGCCGCGUUCAUUUGCUGCAUCCAAACAUGUUCAGCACCACCGCUGAAGAUGAACUGCGCGAGAACAGAUGGCUGAAGAGCGACCCUGCCGACGUUGUUACGGAAUGUAUGGACCUCUGCGUAGCCGUCUCGUCUACACUGGAGGAUCCUGGUCCACCACCAAGCGCUGCACUGCCAGCCAUACCUGUGCCACCCAUUCCUCAAGACUCCACGCAGUUCAGUCUUGACGACGAUGGCAUCACAGCCAACGACUCUAAUUCUGUAACGACUUCCAAUUCACCGACCAACAACAACUUCCGGGGCCAGACAAUGGCUUCCCUGCAGCGAGAGAUCAUGCUCCUCCGUAAUGACCUCAACUUUGAACGUUAUCUGAAGCUACAGCAUUUGGCUCAUAUCGGCCAGCUACAACGCAAGCACAUCAAGGAGGCGACUGCCGAAGCAGAGACUCAAAACCUGAUCAACACGAACAAGACGCUAAAGGCACGGCUCGCCAAGGCCAACGAGUUGUAUGCUCAGUUAAAAAAGGAAACGCUCACCAGUCGAAACCAAUCUAAAAAAUGGGAAAGCGAUUUGAGCUCCAAAGUGCGGACAUACCGCGACAGUGAGAAGACUUGGCAUAGCGAGGAAGACAGCCUGCGCUACGAGCUCCAGCGGACGAAAUCGGACUAUGAGCAUCUGAAGCAGAUCGUGGAAAAGGCAGAAGCAGAACAGAUCAAAGCUCAGCAGAGAACACGAGCCCUGGAGUACGAAUUGGAAGACUACAGCAAUUUACAGCGGGAUCUUGAGGCAGCGCAAGAGAAAAUCAUGACACUAGAAGAUCAAAGGAAGGAGCUUCAUGCGCUGAUGCAAGAACGUAACGAUUUGCGCAAUGAUCUCGAGAUUUCCAACAUGCGCCUGAACAGUCGAGAGCUGGAGCGGGAACGCUCUAUCAAAGCCUACGAACGACGAAUCAUGGAGCUCGAGACACGCUUGCAAAUGUCCGAACGCAACACUGGUAGGCCAGGCCAGCUUCCUUCUUCGGUGCAGCAAAUGCUUGAUUCAGCACUUGCAGCCAGUCAGGCCAAACUGCAGCAGCUCAAGAAGACACACUACCACUUGCUUGAGCAGCAUACCGAGCUGCAAAUGAAGUAUCACGAUCUUGAAGCCGAGCACGAAGCCGAACAAGGUCGGUACCGCAGCCAAGAGAGGUCUGGCCAUCUUGACUUCGAGAAGGCGCGUCUCGGACGCACUGCCAGUACAAGUCAGCGACAGAUGAGCAAUAAUCACAACUCGAGAUAUUUACCUCCUCUCGUCACUGAGGCAUCACCAAGCGAGGAGCGUGAUCAGUUCCAUGACUAUCAAUCUCCGAACUCAGUCACAAGUCCAACUUCAAACGCGUUGCCUGGCCUUCCAGCGCGAACAGAGCCCGGCCAAAAAACACAGAGGUCCCACACAGCUCCCUCACCCUACCCCGGAUUCGGCGGCAGUUUUGCUGGGCCAGACUUCUCCAGCGCAUACGAUUCCUCACUCAAUGCGCAGUUUCAGAGUCAAGCCCAAGGCAGCGCAACCGCCCAAUCCAGCGGAAAGAGCAGCUACUCUGUCGACACCGAAGGUAGUGCAAAUAAAGACAAGAAGGAUAAGGUAGAUCCGAAAUCGGAGGUGCGGUACUACGGCCGUGGUGGCGCGCAGAACAUCAGUAAGAAGAAAGACAAGGACCCAAAGAAGCCUAGCUCAUCGAAGACUGGAGGCUUUCGCGGACUGAAGGGCAUCAUGUGAAGUGCUGAUAUCAGCACUGCUAUGUUUCUUGGAGGGCGCGUUUCAGCUCCAUCGACGCAUUCAGUCUCUUGCAUUGCGCCAUCUGGAAGGCCUGUCUUUUUGUUCAUAGCACAAUUUUGGAUACGCGAUC